AUGGUCCUGGAAGCUUCUACAGGGGUUUGCCGGCCCUCGGACCUUGCUCACUUGGUCCUCCGGACCAAAGACUUGCCAAGAUUGGUUGAGUUCUAUCGCAACUUUCUCAAUGCCAAGAUCACGCACUCGAGUGACCUCAUCACGUUCAUCACCUGGGACCACGAGCACCACCGCCUGGCGAUUGUGAACGACCCAAAUGCCGUACCACGACCGGAGAACGCGGUCGGCCUGGACCACUUCGCCCUAACAUUCGACUCCCUGGCCGAUUUGUUGCAGUCGUACAAGGCCCGAAAGGAGCUGGGCAUCGAGCCUAUCCACUGCAUGAACCACGGCAUGUCCACGAGCAUGUACUACAGAGACCCGGACGGCAACAAGAUUGAGACCCAGGUCGACGCCUUCGACACCAAGGAGGAUGCGGUUCGGUACAUGAUGAGCGCCGAGUUUGCUCGAGAUCCUCGUGGGUCAAGGUUUGACCCAGAGGAUCUUGUGAAGAGAUUCGAGGCGGGCGAGGACGAAAAGAAUCUGAUGAAACGGAGGGCUGCGGUACACGCCGGUGAGAAACUCUAG